AUGAAAGAUAAUAAAGAAAAUUCAGCUUUUAAAAAAGAAAAUUAUCAUCGUCAUACUUUUUAAUGUAUUUGUUGGUUUUAAUCUAAUCUACUAGACUAAUUGGAGUAAACCAAUAAAGACUUUGAAUAAAUUAUCUUAAAAAAAUAGAAUAUUCACUCUGAUGAAGAUUGUAGAUUAUAUUGUUAUUUCUAUAGAUCAAGCAUUAAAAGCAUAAUGGAAAGAAGAAAUAGCUAAUAACCACAAAUUUGAUCCUAUUUUAAUUGUUUAAGAUAAUAGUUAGUCUUUCAUUGAGAAUUGUAAUUUAUUAAAUAUUAUAAAGCUUAAAUCUUAAUUGAAUAAGGAAAAUGGGAUGAUGCUAUAUAAUUAUGUGAUUAGGGAAUUAAAAAGUAUUAAAAUAAUAUGAACCUAUAUCAAAAUAAAGGUAAAUAAUAUUAUAAUUUUAGCAACUGCUUUACGAGGAAAAGGUUUAUUAAAACAAGCAAUUGAUAUUUGGGAUGAAGGAAUAUUGAAGAAUGAUUGGAAUAUGGAGUUUUACAAUGAAAAAGGUAAUUUAAUUUUUCUAUUAAUUUUAGCUAAGGAAUUAAGAAGACAAUCCAAUUUAAUAGAAGUACUUGAAUUUUGGAAUUAAUAAAUUUAAAAGGAACCAAAUAAUAUUUAGUUCNUACUUAUAUUAAUAAUCGCAUUUAUUUGUUUUUAAAUAAUACUAAACAAAAUUAAAAAUGUAAGUUCCAAUUAAUAUGAUAUAUGUGAUUAUAUUGGUUAUAUUUCUAAAAAUAUACUUAAAAUUAAAAAGAAAUUAAAAAUAUUAUGA